GAGCCAGAGUGUGUUACAGCACACAGCGGGGCAGGUUAUGCAGGACGCUGAGACAACACUACCAGAGCUCACUGAGCAGCACAGGAUCAGACAGAAGGAAGAGGAACUCAGUGGACUGGAGUCUGUCCACAUGGCAGAGUCAGAGACAGAUUGUGCUGCACCAGGACUGAACACACUGGAGCCAGAGUGUGUUACAGCACACAGCAGGGUCAGUGAUGUACACCACACACACACAUCACUGAUUAAAACAGAAACUGAUCUGGGCUCCACCCGAACUGGGGAUCUUAAGACAGAGACCCUCGACAGUACAGAGCUGGGAUAUGUAACCCAUCUGCAUCCUGACCAAAUCAAAACAGAGACUGAUGAUGGAGGAUACCUUAAGGCAGAACACAUUAGUGACUUGCAGGAUGUUAAAUGUGUUCAUAUUAAAUCUGAUCAAAUGAAGUGUGAAUCCAGUGAAAGUUUAGUGAGUGAUCUCAUGAAUCCUGUGAUGAAUGGAGCUGGUGUUGAUCACAAAGAUCAGACUGAACCAUGGCAAUGUGCAGGAGAGCCAAACACAGACUGCACAAAAGAAGAUAUACAUGAUUUGAUGACCCAAUGUGAGGACGUAAACCAUCACAGUGACAUAAACAAUGAAAAUAAUCUGACCAGAAUUGUCCAGAAAAGUAGAAAUCUUAGAAAAAAUCCUAAAUCGUGUAGGAAGAUGAGUGAGACAAUUGAGUCCAUUAUGAACAAUUCAAAGAAAAGCAAAAUGCUUUCAAAUUUCUUCCAAAGCAAGACAGUUCAUAGAAAUAAAGGUGAAAUUAAUAUGGGUGAAAUGUCAUACAAGUGUACACAGUGUGAGAAGUGUUUUUGUUCAAAAUAUUACUUGGAUAUACACCUCAGAAUUCAUACCGGUGAAAAACCAUUCAAGUGUAUACAUUGUGCAAAGUGUUUUAAUAGAAAAUCAGGUUUACAUUUGCACCUGAAAAUUCAUUCAGAUGAAAAACCAUACAAGUGUACACAGUGUGAGAAGUGUUUUCGUAUAAAAACAGCUUUAAAUAUACAUAUAAGAACUCAUACUGGUGAAAGGCCCUACAAAUGUCCUCAGUGUGGGAAGUGUUUUCGUUCGAAUUCUACUUUGAGUAUACACCAGCAAAUUCAUUCAGGUGAAAAGCCCUACAAAUGUUCCCAGUGUUGCAAGUUCUUUUCAAGAAUAUCUCAUUUAAAUAGCCACCAGAAAAUUCAUACAGGUGAAAAGCCCUACAAAUGUAUCCAGUGUGAGAAGGAUUUUAGUACAAAAUAUUAUUUAGCCGUACACCUGAGGAUUCAUACGGGUGAAAAGCCGUAUAAGUGUAUGCAUUGUGAGAAGUGUUUUCAUAGAAAAUCUGGUUUACAGAUGCACCUGAGAAUUCAUACAGGUGAAAAGCCCUACAAGUGUCUGCAUUGUGAGAAGUGUUUUCAUAGAAAAUCUGCUUUAAAUUUUCACCAGCAAGUUCAUUCAGGUGAAAAUCCCUACAAAUGUUCUCAGUGUUGUAAGUACUUUUCCAGAAUAUAUCAUUUAAAUAGCCACCAGAAAAUUCAUAGAGGCGAAAAGCCCUACAAGUGUACCCAGUGUGAGAAGUGUUUUAGUACAAAGUUUUAUUUAGGUGUACACAUGAGAAUACAUACAGGGGAAAAGCCAUACAAAUGUAUGCAUUGUGAAAAGUGUUUUUGUAGAAACUCUAGUUUACAGAUGCACCUGAGAAUUCACACAGGUGAAAAGCCCUACAUGUCUUCUCCGUGAGGGAAGUACUUUUGCUCAUUUACCAAAAUCCCUUCAUAUUGUUUUAGGACAAACCACCAUGUCGCAGUUUCCAAAUUCGUAUUUGGUGGGUGUUUAUUUGGAGUAGGAUUGAAUGAAAUGUAGUAAGCUGGUCAUUUUGCAGUGCUUAUAAUGGUGCAGUUUUUUCAUUUGAUAUUGCUUGCCCUAUUGCAUUUUGGACAGACAUCUGAAAAAAUGACAGAGUGACUGGGACAAACUGGGAUGCCAUUUUCUAUUUAUGAAAAGUGGUUUAGAAUGUUUUAUUCUUUAAAAAAAAAUGUAAUUUUAGUUCUUUGUAAAUGUAAAAUGAAAUUCCUUCUGGAUUGAUGGGUGAUAUUUUGUGAUGAUUAAAUUACUACCAAUGUAAUUUGUUUGACGGAAACAGUGUAAAAACAGUUUGGAUAUACUAUCAAAAGGAACAUGGUAAUCUGUAAUGUGUAUUUCAGCUAAAGGUGAUUGUUAGACUUAAGGCAGUAGGUUUUGUCUGAGAUAUUUGUCUUUAUUAUCUCUGUUUCUGCAGACCCUGCACAUUCAAUUUCAAAUCAAAAUGUUAUACUUAAACUUUGUAUCAAAAAACUUGGACUUUCUGACAUUUUCAGUUUCUGAAUACAAAGGUUUUUUCUUAAAUUUCACAUACUGUACAUGUGCUGUAUAUAUCUGUACAAAUGAAUGAUGGCUUUAUAUUUUGUAUUGGUUUCAGCCUGGACUGUGAUUCUUUCCCUCUUUAAUAAAUGCCUGUUUCUUGUUCCUCAUGUAUUGA